AUGGGCUCAAAUCAGAGUGCUCAGGGUAAGACUCGUUUCGCAAAAGACGCGCACAGGCGCUAAUUAGCUCGCAGCACGAGGCCAAGUCCUUGGGGUCGGGGCGAAGCUAUGGCAAGCCAUCAAAGCCAUCGUUAAUUCCAACCAGCAAGGAUCAGCAGCAGGAAAUAGCUCCAAUCAGCAAGAAGGAGAAGAAGAAGAAGAAGAAGCCCCGCAGAUGGGACCGGCCGCCGAGAAGGUCCUCAACAUGACGGAACUGCUCGUGAUGGUUCUCCUCCACUGCGACGAGGAAACGAUCCUGCACGCUCAACGGGUGAAUUGCAAGUUUCGAGACGUGAUUUCCGAGACGCUCAAACUUCAGCAGAGGCUCUGGUUGCAGCCGGACGACUCUUUACGGCCGGAGGAGGGGACGAAGACGGUCUUUAUCAAUCCCAUACUUUUCAAUCACCGGAGGGCUACCGGGGCCAUUCGCCGAUUACUCCGACCAGUCCGAUUGUCGGGCGGAGAUCAAUUCUUGCUGGACGGCGUACCACCUCGCUACUACGGGCUCCUCGAAUUCUUUCUCGAAGACAGAGUCAUGGCGGACAAGGUGGAUGAGCAGCUGGCGCGAGCGGCAAGACGCCAUGAGCUCCCCAGCUAUACAAGCGGUAUUUCUCGCAGGCGAAAGUCCCUGUCCGAUCGAGAGCCCAUCAUCAUCACCGCCGACGAGGCGUCUGAGCAUAGCUCGCUCUUCUUGGCGCACAACCAAGUCCCCAUCACAGAUAUCGACAUCAUCUUUUCCCGCGUCCCGGAGAUUCGCAGGGUCUUGAAGAAGGCGCCAGGUGCGUGGAAGAAGAUGAUACUGUUUCAGCCGAACCCGUAG